AUGCGUCGGGCGCUGCUCUGGGCGCUGCUCGGGGCUCUGUGGCUCGGGGCGGGGGUCCCGGGGGGCCCCGGGGGGGUCUCGGGGUGCGUCCUGUGCGACCCCGCGGCGGGCGCGGCGCUGGGGGAGCUGCUGGGGCCGUUCCUGGCGCGGGCCAUGCCCCACGAGCCCGGCAUGCGCGACCGCCUCGGCACCCUCGUGCUCAGGGGGGUCCUGGGGCUCGCGCGCCUGCCCAGGGACCCCCAGAGCUUCAUGGGGGUCAUCGACCAGUCUACCCUGGACGAAGCCUCUCUCCAGUUCCGCCGGACACUGGCUCGGGUCAUGGCCCAGGAUAUUCAAGACCAGCGGAUCUACCAGGAGAUGCUCUGGGCCAUGCGCGAGAUCAAGGAGGACUUUGAGCAGAUCAUGAAGCGCUUCCAGAGCCAGGUUUAUUGCCCCAAUAAAUGCGGGCGGAUGGAGGUGUUGUGGAUCGAGUGCAUCUUCUGCAACCUCACCCACUUCGCCUGCAACAGGGGGAUGGAUUGCGGGGAGCGGCAGCUGUGGGUAGAGGAAGGGCAGGACCUGGUGCUGGACUGCGCCCUGCCCUGGCACGGGGCGUCCCACGGCGCCAAGACCUACAGCUUCUACCGGGGCCCGGCAUCGUCCGGGGGGGGUCCGGAGCCCCACAGACGCCCUCCCCAAACUCGGGGGGCGGCUGCGGAGGAGCCCCCGCGCCCCCCGCCCGCGGAGCGGCUCCUGCGGAGCGGCCCCGACCCGGUGCUGGUGUGGAAGGAGGCGGCGGCGGCGGCGGGCGGGCGCUACCGGUGCCAGAUGCGGGGCCCCGGCGGGCAGGUGGGCUCGGAGCUGCUCUUCAACGUCACCGUUCUGCCCCGCCCGAGGGUCCCGGGACAGGCCCCGCCCCUCGCCCCGACCCCCCCCGGGGGGCUCCCCCCGGCCGCUGUCGCCGCUAUCGUCGUCAUGAUUAUCGCGACAGUGCUGGUGGCUGCGGGCAUCGCUUGGUUCUGUUUCCGGCGCGGGGACCCCCGGGACCGGCAGGACCCCUCCCAAAUAAAGGAGUCGUGA